UAAAACAUUACAUUGAUCAUGACAAGGAAUCUUUUAUCAAUCUUCUUCUGGGCAAACUCGGCCGUAACUCAUGAGCCUCGCCGUUUAUCACCGUGAAAAAUGUUCCUAUCGCUGUAUUGGAGAUGAUGACCGCCCGCUGGCCUUUUCCCUUUGAAAUCUAUUUUGCGUUGCAUUGUGUUUGUGAUGUCAGUGUUUUUUCUUAUAUUAUUUUGAGCAAGCUCGCACUGUUCUAAUCAUUCUGUCUUUAAACGGUGACACAUCCAGUUAGCAUGGUUUAACGCUAGCAAGCUAACUAGCUACUUUAUUUCUAGUGGUGGAACAUGGCUCAAAAACUACUGUAGCGCAAAAUGCUGCACACAAAUCCAUAUGCUUGAACAGAAUAGCACCAGUUUAAUUAACGAUUGUAAAUAUUUUUCGAGGGGUAGUCUGAUACAUAUCAGGGGGAUUGCCAUCAGGGAGUUUGACAGUGUGAAAUACCUCACUACGAAUGUGUUUUAUCCUCGAAGCCAAAGCAAGAUGGAAUCUCCUUUGGCUUGUUAGAGUAUGAUUUGAAUUGUGCAAGGUGAUUAAAAAUUGUUAGCCUAUAAAUUUGAGAGUACUGUGUGUGGCGUAUUGAAAUAUUUAUUAAUUCAUUUUGCUCAAUAACAAUAAAGACAUGGCCCACGGAAUCUCCUUUUGAAAAAAUAUAUAUAUUUUAUUUACUGGAAAAUUCAAAUGGUGAAAAAGAUGGAUGGAUGGAAUUAUUUUUUUUACUGAUAUGAGUAUUUGAAUUAUUGACAGUUGUUAUCCAUCAACAGGUCAUAAUUAUUUCUAAGAAAAAACAUUAUUUAUAGAAGUAAUAUUUGUCAGACAUUUAAUGCCAAAAUGUCUUUACUGUUAAGUGUCAGAAAUGAAGUGUUUUCUGAAGAUGCUAAUUACAUUUUUGGAUAUAUAGAAUAUUCUACUAUUGCUUGAUAUGCAUUUUUCAUUAAAUCUAACAUGAUUAAAAUUUAAUUGUGCAGCCCUACGCAUGCAUUUUGGUGUCUUCAGAGUUCCUUCUUUUCAUGUUGUUUUACAAAUGGUCCUUCUUUGUCACUCAGGCUGUCUUUACCGUUAAUGCCAUUGGAGAGAGCCGCAUUAUGUUGUUGCAUACACCGGAGGGAUCUGUGAGCUAAAGUACCAGAUGAGCGAGCUAUUUUGCAUUCACACACUAGCAGACAGUAAAAUAAAUGUUAUUUCAGAGAUAUGAAUAUGUAUGAAUUUGUAGUAGAAGUGUCAGAACUAUUGCAUGUCUUUAACCGGUAUUACGACUAUAUAAAGACAUGAGUGUAAUCUGUUUGAGUAGUUAAGAUUAGUUCUGGGUGCUCUAUCAAGAAGCUCAAUUCGAUCAAUAUUUGACUAAUGCUCGAUGAGGAAGAAGAUCAAUUUUAUUUUCUGUACUUUUCACAACUCUGCGAGACCUCCGCCAACAUGGAGAUCAAUAGCAUUCUCGAGUGCUAUGCAUAUGUCAUAUUAAAGAAAUCAGUGACUCUGUGCCACUCCUCUAAUGUAAAUAAAACAACGCUGCGGAACGAUCGUGGUGGCAGUUGAAGUGCUUGUUUUUUGUGUUCGCUCUGAUAUCUGGGCAAGAAAGUAACAAGAUGGUAGUUUGCUGAUCCUGCAUGUAAGAGAAAAUGUUCAUGGGGUUUGUUUACUUUAGCAUUAGCAGCUAAUAGCUAGCUCCGUUGCCUGAGCGAUUGCCGGUCACGCAAAGAGUUUGACAGUGGGUCGGCCGUCGCUUGUCUGAGCUAACUGACAGUUGGAUUUGCACAGUGUGACAUUCUUAAGAAUCAGUCUAUUUAUUUUCUUAUUUGCUUUAUUUACAGACCACCGCAUUAUAUUCCUUCUACAUGACGUCACGUGUCUUUUUCGUGUUGUCGUCUUGAUUUCCAUUAGACUGGGCAUGUGUAAGUACAUUGCUGCCAUUAAGCGAUGAAAACCUACCACAAAGCAAAACCCGAAGAAAUGCAUUCAAAUAAUUAUUGAAGCCAUAAUAUGUUAACGAUUACAACUGUAGAGGAUUAUGUUGCGCAAUUUAACAGUAUGCAGAAUUAUUUUAAUCCUAUUACAUAAUUACUGCAAUAACUGUCCUGCAGAAAUUCAGACAAAUUGUUCUGGAAGUGAAUUUCUAUAGAUUGGCAGCUCUGCAGUCAUACCACUAAAUGCAUUUUUACUAAUAAAUGGCAUAAUAAUAUCUUCCGGUGCUUUGGUUUUUGGCCUUUGGUUUCUCAUUUUCUUUUUCUUCUUCUUUUUCUUCUUCUUCUUUUGUUUCGGCCAAUAAUUUUCAUUUCGGCACAUCACUUAUUUUGAGAUCAUUAUAUUUUGAAAUACCUGCAGGGAAAGGUAAUUUAUUUAUUUGUGAUGUUUAUGAUUGUGAAGUAAACGUUCUGCGUUAUAAUUUGGUCUGGUCCAGUUUUAUACAUUUAUAAACUUUAAUACAAUAAUUAUUGAGUCAUAUCGAAUAUUGGCAUUGGGGCACGGUGGUGGUGGGGGGGAUCGUGAUAUAAAAUUAUUGCCCAGCACGAGUUAAGAUAAUUUUAUGCAGUUGUAUCAGCAGAGUUUUAAUGCCAACACAUGUAAAUUGUGCAAAUCACACGAUUUUUAUAAAGCUGUUUGUCUUUAUCGUUCUGCACUUUGGUCUUUACGGUAAUGAAAAGAACUGUAUUUCAGUGGGCCACCACUAUUCACUGUGUCAAGAAGCAUUGCUUAUACUAUGAAUGCCUAAAAUUUUUAAUCAUUAAUAAUUUUUUAAAAAUAGGACUUGUUAAACUAAGGCGAUAUAAUAUACAGUAGCUGUGCAAUCACAUUUUGAAUCUGAAUUACUAACAGAUUUUUUUACCAUCAAAAUAUUCAAUGUGCUUUUCAGCUUAACAAAAUCAACAUAUUUAACUGCUAAUUCAACAUUUAAUUCAACAUUCAGCUGCAAAGGCAACAUUCAGUGUCAAAUAUUCAAUGUAUUCAGUUGCAAACUCAACAUUCAGUGUCAAAUACUCAAUGUAUUCAGUUGAAAAUACAACAUUGAGUGUAUAUUUCAGCAUUCUAGAUACAUUGUCUGGUUCAGUUUAUGUUGCCCAAUUCAACAUUCAGCUGCAAAUAUAACAUUGUGUAUUUUCUUCUGAAAAACGUCAUUUCGGGGUGUCUUCCAUUCGGAGUUGGAGAUUUCUCACUACCCCCAGAGUUGGCUUUCAAAGAUGGCAACCCCGAGUGUUGACAGACCUCUUCAUUGCAUGACAGAAAGGCUCUGGCAGAUCCAUCUUCAUCCCUCAUACAACAUUUCAGUACUUUCAUAAUUUCCCCAGUGUGGUUAUACCAUGAAGGGUGAAGAAAGGUGUCAGGAGCCCCCUGCUGGAGUGGACACCACUGGAAAGCGGCCCAAACGUAAAUGCCUGCAGUGGCACCCACUGCUGUCUAAAAAGGCAUUGGAUUUCUCUGAGGAGGAAGAGGAGGAGGAAGAAGAGGAUGAAGAGGAGCUUGUGCAGGGCCAGGUGUCUCAAGGCCAGGGUGGUGGCACACCAGCGGAAGGACAUGAGGACGCAAAUGAACAGCGAGUUCGUCGGCCGAUGAAUGCCUUUCUUCUCUUCUGCAAACGCCAUCGUUCCCUGGUGCGACAUGAACACCCUCGUUUGGACAACCGAGGGGCCACCAAGAUCCUGGCUGACUGGUGGGCUGUGUUGGAGCCUGCAGAGAAGCUGAAAUACACCAAUAUGGCCAAGGAGUACAAGGAGGCCUUUAUGAAGGCAAACCCAGGCUAUAAAUGGUGUCCUACCAACAGCAAACCAGUUAAGAGGCCAUUGUGUCAGACAGUUUGUAGCGCUCGCAAAAAGGUGUGGUCCUUCACUUCAAUUACAUCCAAGGACUCACCCACUUCCAAAAACAUCCCCAAACCUGAUGUCCCACAAUUGAACUUUGCCAUGGCUGAUCCAACUAAGAUGGGUGGCCUCAGUAUGCUGCUGUUAGCUGGAGAACAUGCCCUAGCAAGCCGAGAGAGUCUUUUGACCACGAAACCAAGUUUACCUGAUACAGACACGGAAGGGAGGCCCUUUCCAGAUGAAAAAGAGCAGAUUUUGUCUAGUACAAUUCCAAACAGAGUUCCUGAAACCACUGACCGCGGGGUAACAUCUGCCCUUCCCCGACAGAAAGAGCAGUCAUUGGGAUCUGUACUGCCUGACAGAAAAUCGUGCAGAUGGUCUGCACUCUUUCAGCUUGCUGAGAUGUGUUUAGCAUCUGAAGCUAGGAAGAUGGACACAGCUGUAUCUCGGCAAGUAACCAGCUCAUCUUCAGCCUCUUUCCAUGAAACUACAGCAAAUAGUCUUAAAGAGGAGAACUUGGAAAAUGUUGAUUGCCCUCUCACCUCGAAUACAUUACCUUCCCACUCCCCAAUCACUUUGACUGAGACAAUUUCCCUGGAACUUGACAGCCAAAAUCAAUGUGUCAAAAAGAAUAAGAAAGAGGAGGUCAUGUUAAAUGAUAAUGAUGAAACUCUACAUUCUUCAGAGCAAUUCCUUAAAAAUCCUACAGAUUCUGAUGUUGGGGUUAUCUUUGGAAUUGAGACAGUGGCUGAAAGUGUCUGGAGGGAUUCAGAGAUGCCCAAGAUGAAAAUCCAAUAUGUUUCAGGUGGUGAUAUGUCUUGUCCACCCAAAAUAAAGAGUAAACCCCAAGUUAAGACUGUCAAAGACAAAGACCUGGUUAAUGAUAGUGGCAAGUAUGUGCAGCAUCAUGCCUGUAAGAUGAAAUAAGAAGAGAUGAGUACUAUGACAGAGAUAGAAGAAACGAGUAUAGAAAGCAAGGAAAUUCAGGACAGCAUGGAGGGAUGCCCAAAGGUCCCCUACAAGUCUUCAUCUGUGAUGCUCAAAGAGGAUGACAAUAGGAUGGAAAUGCCAACUGAGGCCAAUACAAAGAUCCGUGGUGCAAGGAAAUCCGAGAGGAGCUGUAAAGGCGCCUUGUACAAGACCCUUGUUUCUGAAGGGAUGCUGACCUCGCUGAGAGCCAAUAUUGACCGUGGUAAAAGAGGUGCCUUUCGUGCUUCUGAUCAUGAAGCAAACUUUGGCGAGGAUAGCUGGACACUAUCCCAAAUGGCAUCUAAUAACACCAAGAGACUAAAAAAAUCCAAGUCCAAAGAUGAUUCUUCACAAGGAAAACUCGAAGAAGAAUUUGAAAAGAAGUUUAACAGCCUCCCACAGUAUAAUCCAACAACAUUUGAUAAGAAAUGGCCUUCUGUCAUAAAGAGAAAGAAGACUGAUUGGUCUUUGGCCCAUGAGGAGACUUCCAAAACAGACAAAGGACCAUCUCCAUCACAGAAAAAGACUUCAUUCCACAAGAUUGUUAGGAAGCACAAAUACUUAAAGGAGAAACCAGCAUUGGGACAGAGGGAUUCCACUGUGUUGCUUUCCGUUUCAAAAGCCAAAUCAUGUGCCACCAAUGCCAUAAUGUGCCCAGAUGUGCAAGGCACCGCUAGUGUGGAUAUUCUAGUUGGUAGCCAGAAGAGGAAGGCUAGGAAGACAAAGAUAACACACUUGGUACGCACAGCUGAUUGCAGUGUAUCUCUGCUUGAGGAGGAAAAAAUUAGGGAUCUGAACCAGGUGCAGGAGAAUAUGCCAUUUCCCCAACUCACUUUAUGCAAUGAAAAAGGGUGCUACAGUGAUUCCAGACCAGUGGAGGGGAGCACUGGCACACAGGAGUUACCUGCUUUCUUCAGUUUAGCUGCUCUUGCUGAAGUGGCGGCCAUGGAAAACAUUCACAGAGGCCAGAGAGGCUUGAAGAGAGAACUUGCCCAGACUCCUGUCCUCAUCUCUUGUGCUGAUCAGUGAAACUUUGUUCCUUUGGGGAUAUGUAAAAUGCCUUUCUGAAUUUCUCUUCCCCCACUUUAGAUAUUCUGUACCUCAGUGUGUUACUAACAUUAAGAGGUUGUCAGUUUUAUUUUUAAAGUGGCCUUUAUCAGGGUCAUAACUUGCAAUUUAAAAGUAAACAUGAAAUAUGAACAGAUUUAUUUGUCACCUUUUUAACCCACACCAUACCUGUAAGACGUUCUCUUCUGAUAAAAGGGGUGAUCCCAUCACUUCUAAUUCUAGUCGCUUUCACCUAAAUUCCUGCUAACCAGUGUAAAUGGUCACAAUGGAUAUACAGUACUUUCUUUAGUUGUGGCCUAUAAUUCAUAUAUACUGUAUGAUGUACAUUAAAUAUGAAGAAACAAUGGUUGAAUUUUUGAAAUGUUACAUUAUAUGUAUGUCCUAUAGUAUGUGUACCUACUAUAUUAUACAUACGAAGACAGUAUGUUGUCGCUAACAGUGGCGGAGCUAGACCUUUAUCCUUGGGGUGGCCAAGGCUAUUUCAGGGGGUCCACAGACUAUGACAAUGAAUUUCUUUUUCGACCAAUGAAUUGCAAUUCGAGAUUCUAAAUGUUGCAAUGUACAUGCUGAGCACACAAAAGUUGAGAUUUGUGUGCAUAAUUUAAAGUUUAUUAACAAUGUUUACAACACAAUGUACACACAAACAACUGCAACUAUUUUUCAAUAAUCACAGAGUAACCCACUCACACAGUUGUCCACUCACACACUCACAGGUACUCACACUCUCUCUCACACACACACUGCACAUACACUCAUAGAUACACACACACACAAACUCUGUCCACUUUAACGUUCCCUUCUCUUUAAAAAGUUAUUUAUCUUGUCCCCCUGUCUUUGCAUUUCUCAACGAACCGUAUGAAAAAAAAUUUGCCACUUUUGUUACUCUUAGCAUCACUUACACAAUGGCGCACAAUGUUAUCAAAUCCCCACUUCAAGCCUAAAAAAAUGUCAGGGGAAAUAGAACACUUUAGAUGUAAUAACAUUAAACUUUCAACUACUCAGUGGUUCCCAAUUGGUUUUGCCUCAGGACCCAAAAGUUAACUUAGUCAUUGUCGCCACCCAAAUUUUGACAUUCUUUCGCAACUUAAUUUUAUAUCACAAAAAAAACACAGCCCAGUAAUACAAAAGCCUUUAUGCACUGUUGAAAACAUGAAAACAGUUGAUAUAUGUGUGUGUGUGUGUGUGUGUGUGUGUGCGUGUGUGUGCACAAACAUGACAAGCAUGAAAUAUGAAAUAGAAAGGCAGACUUUUUAUGUAGUUGAAAAAGGCAGACUUCUUGAAUCAAAUCAAAUAAAACAGAACAAAUAAAAAAGGCGGAAUUCACUUGAAUUGGAGGUAGGCUAUACCUGUUUUAAACAAGCUAAACUGGUGACACUGGUGACAUUUCAGAAAUCAAACUAUGAAAUAUAAAGGCAGAAUUCACUUUAAUUACAGUUUUUAUGCUUUUUAAACAAGUUCCACUUGUGAUGCUCAUUAACAGCACUUUUGUGAUGCCCUCAACUCCUGAAGUUUUCUUUGAAAGCAUUCCACUAGUUUGUCUUAAGUGUUUUUAGCUAGCCUGUUGUGCAGUACCUUAUGCAUGAAAUAAGAUGCUGCAUAGAAGAGAAAAAAAUGCAAAAGCAACACUUUUGACACUGUAGCGGUGUCAGUUUUAAACAACAGUUUAGAGACGUAACAACGGGCAAAACGUGAAGGAUAAUCCCCCACUCUCCAUCUUAUACAGUGGGUAUGGAAAGUAUUCAGACCCCCUUAAAUUUUUCACUAUUUGUUAUAUUGCAGCCAUUUACUAAAAUCAUUUAAGUUAAUUUUUUCCCCCAAUGUACACACAGCACCCCAUAGUGACAGAAAAAAACGGAUGAUGAGAAGAAAUGGAUAGCACCUGAGUUAAAUGUGUCACAGCAAAGGGUCUGAAUACUUAUGGCUGUGAUAUUUCAGUUUUCUUUUUUAAUAAAUCAGCAAAAAUUUCAACAAUUAUGUUUUUCCUCGG